CAUAAAGAAUGCCUAAAGGUUCUGCCUCAGUAAAUACCAGCAGCUGCUAAUGUGUCUGAAGUUAGAGGACACUGAUUCUUUCAAAAUACAUCUGCAUGAGGUCUGCUCAGUGCUUUUAUAAAGUUACAAAAAAUCAGUAAAAUGCCUGAGAAACUGUUCUUCUUGGCAUCAACAGGUUUUUAUCCCGUUUUUUGGUAAAGAUGGCAGCCAACAAUGCAGUGCUGAACAGACUGGAGCAGAAGGGUGCAGAGGCUGAUCAAGUUAUUGAGUACCUCAAGCAGCAAGUUGCCCUGCUCAAGGAAAAAGCCAUCUUGCAAGCAUCUCUCCGAGAAGAGAAAAAGCUCCGUGUAGAAAAUGCUAAACUGAAGAAAGAAAUUGAAGGGCUGAAACAGGAGCUGAUUGAGGCAGAAAUUCGAAAUGGAGUAAAGCAGGUUGCAGUUCCUCCUGGUACAACCCUUUCUACAGCUUCAUUUUCAGAGGAUGUUCCAAAACCUACAGCAGUUACAGCAUCUUCUAGUUCCAAAGAUCAAAUUAAAGGUGAAGAUGAAAAGAAAAAGAAGGAAAAGGUAGAAAAAAAAGGUGAAAAGAAGGAGAAGAAACAGCAGCCAGCUGCUGGAAGUAGCGAUGCAAAACCUGUAGAUGUUUCUCGUCUGGAUCUUCGUGUUGGCUGCAUUAUUACUGCUGAAAAGCAUCCAGAUGCAGACACUCUGUAUGUUGAACAAGUGGAUGUUGGUGAAGCAAGCCCAAGGACUGUUGUCAGCGGUUUAGUGAAACAUGUUCCUCUGGAUAAGAUGCAGAAUCGGAUGGCAGUGCUACUCUGUAACUUGAAGCCUGCAAAGAUGAGAGGAGUAGUAUCUCAAGCAAUGGUGAUGUGUGCCAGCUCCCCAGAAAAAGUGGAAAUUCUGGCUCCUCCUGCUGGAGCAGUACCAGGGGAUAGAAUCACUUUUGAAGGGUUUCCUGGAGAUCCUGAGAAGGAACUUAAUCCAAAGAAGAAGAUUUGGGAGCAAAUCCAACCUGAUCUUCAUACCAAUGACCAAUGUAUUGCUACAUACAAAGGAGUUCCAUUUGAAGUGAAAGGGAAAGGAGUGUGCAGAGCAGAGACCAUGGCAAACAGCGGAAUUAAAUAAAUAAAUGGUUAUUAGAAACUUUUACAGAUGUUGAAAUAGAGAGUGAUGCAAGACAACAAUAAACAUGAAAUGCAUGGCUAAGA